GUAUCGAUUUGGCUUUGUACUCUGUCUAUAGCACACAUCGCAUCAAUUGUCAGAUAUUGACAAACUGUUUGCUUUUUUUUUGUAUUGUUGACACUAAUCGGGGUAAAUCAAAAAGAAAAACGAAAUCAUAAAAUAUUGGAAAUUAUUGGUAGUGAAAUAUUGGCAUCAUGCCGAAGUACUAUUGCGAUUACUGUGAUACAUACUUGACUCACGACUCUCCGUCUGUGCGGAAAACUCAUUGUACAGGUCGUAAACAUCGUGACAACGUAAAGUUCUAUUACCAAAAAUGGAUGGAAGAACAGGCACAAUAUUUAAUUGACGCAACCACAGCCGCCUUCAAAGCAGGCAAAAUAACACAAAACCCAUUUGCUGGAGGUCCGCCUAAACCGGGUGCUGGAGUUGCUCUACCACCUCCCCCCAAUAUGAACAUGGCUGGACCACCUAGACCAGGUAUGAUACCGCCCGGCAUGCCACCAAUGAUGAUGGGCCAUGGUGGGGCAAUACCACCGCCGAUGUUGGGAAUGCGUCCGCCGCCAAUGAUGGGGCCAAUGGGUAUGAUGGGCCCUCCGCCACCAUUGGGAGCUAUGGCCGGUGUACGUCCGCCUAUUAUAAGUGGACCACCACCAAAAUAACGUGAUUGUAAGAACCAAUUUUAAUUCUUCAUACCUACAUUUCAAUCCGUUUCUAGACGUAAUAGAUAAUAUAAGUUUAAAUACAUAAUAAAGCAUUUUCUAUUCAAAUAUUUA